UUAACUCCUUUAAGGAACAAAUUUUAUUCUUAGUCUUGCCUUUGAUAGGUAAAGAAGUUUUUAUUAAAAGUCUUCAAAAUGUUAAAAUCGACAAUAUUAAUUUUGUGCCUUUGUGCUGCCACAUUGUUGGCUAUGCCAGCACUGGAUGAAUCAUCAGCUAAAAAAUUUAUUGAAGAGUCUAGUGAUAAAUUUUUAGAACUUUACAAUGACAUCGCUACUACUGUUUUUGAAUUGGAAAGUUUAGUUGAAGAUGACAGUGAAGAAAGUACUAAGAGCCCAACAAAAGCUUCAGCUGAAAAUGAAAUUUCUGAUUCAUCAUCAAGUGAUUGGACAUCUAGUGAAGAAACUGGUUUCUUAGCAUUUUUCUUCAUUUUAGCAUCAAUUGGAAAACUUCAAGAAGCCGUUGAAAAUAUUACAACAUUAUCUGAUGAAGCUUAUAAAUUUCCAAUAGAUCAAUAUAGUGAUGAAGAAAUUAUAACUGGUAUUUUAAAAUUGAAAACAAUGCCAGGACUUCUUGCAUUAGGGGAUGAUUACACAACUUGGUCAGAAGAUGAUUUCGAUGAUUACUUAAAACAUGAAAACUUCUGUAAAUUCAAGGACGCUGAAAAAAAAUGUAAAUCAAAAUAUGGAGAACUUGCUAAAAUUUUAAAAUCUACAGAUGAUCCAGAAGAGCUUUUAUAUUAUUGGAAAGAAUGGCGUGAAAGAAACUCACCAGAGGCUAUUAAAAAACUAAAAACUUUGGUUGAUUUAUAUAAAAAACUUGGAGAGAAAUUUGGUAAAUCACCAAAAUAUGCUUGGUUUAGUGAAUAUUUAGAUGAACACUUCGGUGAAGAUAUGGAGAAGGUUGUUAAAGAUUUGGAACCUUUGUAUAAAGAAAUACAUGCAUAUAUUAGACAUAUUUUACAUGAGAAAUUUGGUGAUAAAGUACCUGAAAGUGGAUUAAUUCCACAUCAUUUCUAUGAAUUGGCACAGGCUCAAGCUUGGAAACCUGAUUCAAUUAUUGCAAAAGAUUUCAAAGAUGUUAAAUUACCAGUCGAAAACAAUUUCAAAGAAACCGCCAAAGAAGUACUUGAUCUUGCUAGUAACUUUAUGACCUCAUUAGGAUUAUCAGAAUUACCAGAAAAUUAUUGGACUGAUUAUGUCAAAGAAGUAAAGAAGAAGGGAGAUGACUGCAGUCCUGAAAUUUAUGAUGGCGGUAAUGCAACAUACUUAAAAUAUUGCAGUGAAGUUAAUAUUAAGAGAUUCUUCCAAAUGCACGGUUAUGCUGCCAGAAUUUAUUAUGCCAAUGAACACAAAAAUCUUGCAUUCGCUUACUCAGAACCCUAUAACUUACAACUCGCCACUGGUGAAGCCGUUAUUUUAUCUGCAACAACACCAAAAUAUUUACACGAAAUUGGACAUAAAGAUGUUGAUACUUUACCAGAAGUUGAAGACAUGAAUCGUUUAUAUAGAAUGGGUGUACAUACUCUCUUAACCGUUCCAGAAUAUUUCGUUCAUGUUAAAGUUAUUGCUGAUGUCUUAGAUGGUACAGUUGCAUUUGAGGAUUUGAAUAAACAUUACUGGGAUUUAAUGAAACAAUAUGUUGGAGUUGCACCACCAGUUGAAAGAAAUGCUGAGAAUUUAGAUUUCCCUCAGAAAUUCUACAAUAAAAUUGAAAGCAAUCAACAAUCAAUUAAAUUCGUAUCCGAAGUUAUUGGUUAUCAAAUCUAUAAGACAUUAUGCGAAAAGAAAGGUGAUUAUGUUAAAGGCGAUAAGACCCUUCAAUUACAUAACUGCAACUUCCAUAAGAGCAAAGAAGCUGGUGCACUUCUUAAACAUAUGAUGCAAUUGGGUUCUAAGAAACCAUGGAAGAAAACUUUAGCUGCUGUUACUGGUGAUGAAACUGGUAUGAAAGCUGAUGGUAUGUUAGAAUAUUUCGAACCAUUGCAAAAUUGGCUUCAUACUAAGAAUACAGAAGCUGGCGUAAAAGCUGGAUGGUAAAAAUUUCGGUAAACUAAGAAUAAAUUUCUGUUUUUUGUUUCGGAAUUGUUUUGUUUCUUAAAUAUACAUAUAUGACAUUUUUUUAUA